AUGAAACUCAAAGAUAUCUCUCGUACGGCAACAUUUGCGUGGAGUCCCGGGCAAGAGAUACCCAUUAUUGCCACGGGUACUGUUGCAGGAGCUCUUGAUGCAUCUUUCUCGAAUACUACUGAAUUAGAACUAUUUCCUUUAAAUUCGUAUAAACCCGAAAUCGCCUCGGAGUUGCAGCCAACUGGGGCG